AGCUUGCGAGCGAAAGUGCUUAAACAAAGGUCCGUCCGCUGGAGCUGCCGUGUCAUCUUUUUCAUCCGAGGACUCUUUGCAUUCCUGACCUUCAUUCGUUUCUGUCUGCUCUCUGUUCUCUCCUGCUCGACGCACCCACAGCUGAGCAUCUUCUUUCGGCUGAGACUCCGAGAGCUGGUUUCCGUACAUACAUACCUUGAGCACCAUAGCAUACAUACACUGAGACCGCCACGCCGUGUAACGCUACACCGCACGCCCCGAGGGAUCUGAUCUCAUCUGCUUGUCAACAAGACCUACACUCUUUACGCUGGACAGCUGGACCUGUUGAACGCUCACAUUCGCUGCUCCAAAGCAAACCACACCAAGCCGUCCCAAACACGACCAGUUGCUUGUCACGCGCCAAUUGACUUAGCAACAAAGUAAUACACACCACCAACACUCCUCAUCUCAACCUUCCUCACCAUCCACAAUGGCCAACACCCGCACCAACCGCUUUUCCUUCGGCUCCCCCGUCCGCACCCCCAGCACCUCCCUCCGCCGCCUGCGCACCGCCUUCUCGCCCACGCGCUCUUCCCGCAGCAUCUCGCCCUCGUCCACCGGCACCACCUCGCCGCUGGCCCGCGGCCGCACCGGCUCCCCCGACAGCCACCGCAGCUCGGGCUCCAUCGAGAGCAUCCGCAACCUGCUCAUGCUGCGCCGCAAGCCGUCAGUGCUGGACCUCGAGAUGGAGGAGGAGAAGCACCUGUUUGAGCACGAGCUCGAGGUUUUGGAACCUCGUCCGAGUCUGGGGGAGGCCGGGGCCACGGUCGGGAUCUUCGAGGUGCUGGAUGGGAAGUUCUAGGUUGAUGGGAUGGGAUGAACGUGGCGUUUCUAUGGACUGGGCUGAUAGGUCUCCACGGCCAUUCACUCGGCGUUUGGGUUUGCUUUCCGUUAACGAUGUAAAGACGAUUCUUCACUGGCUGGCUCGGCCUACAUGGCAAGAGGGAGAGAGUUGCAGAACUGCGACUGCUUCCCCGAGCGAGCUUUUUUUCUUCAUUUAUCUUCGCUCUCUGAGAUGAGAGGGGAUCAAGGGUGCUUCGAUCAAUAUAUACCCGGAUUGGAAUUGGAACAGACUGCCAACGGUUUGCGGGGAUUUAUAUUCUUUUUGCUGAGGGAUUCCUGAAUACAUUCACUGAUUCUUCCACUUGGUG